AUGCUGCACGGGAAUCUGAAUAAUCUCUCUAAGUCGUGGCUUCUGGAGACGAUUUGUGAAAGUUCCCCAGCCUUAAAGCUGGCUUUUAAAGAGGAUAAGGUUAUCUCGGUAGGUACAAUCUUGCUAUGCAAUCACAUUCUGCUGCUCUGACAAUGAUCUUUCAGAUAGAUUUCAGUGAUAUUACAAAUGGGAAGGGGUUCCAAUCGUUUAUCUAUUUGGCUACAGUCAGCUACAAAGACAUCGCCGGUCGCCCUGAGCAGUUCCAAUGUGUUCUCAAAGUGCCGACGAGGGUAUUCAACGAUCAUGGCGUUGAACAAACAAAUCCGGAGGAAGUAGGUGUUGUCUAUCUCUAUGCUCUUACCCACGAGUUUGUGAUCUCCUAAGGUCUUCGAAAGAGGGUCAACAGAAACCUGCGACAUAGCUGGGAAAGUGCUCGAGGUACGACAUAUCAGACUUCCUUUAAAUUUUGCGCUUCAACGAGAGAGCGCGUGAAAUGCGGAAAGCGAUAUGACGGGAAACAGUUUUUUAGCCAUAACUUUGUCCUUUUUCAGCAGCAAAAUUGAUAUUAGAACGUUUGCGGUAAACAUUAUUAUUUCUAUGUCUUGUCUACCAAACCCCAAGAAUGUUUCAAUUAACUGUUGAUUAGAAAUAUCUCUUGUCAGGGUACUACAAAUGCAUUCACUUCCAGAAAACCGCCGAAUUCUUUUUCGAACUUGUCAACUCCCUGCAUGAUCAAGAAUGCCUUGUCUACAAGUUCCUUGGCCCGCUUGCGGGGGUUGGAUUUCCCAUUCCAAAAGUUUACAAGACAAUUUCUCGGAAUCAGGCGGCGAAAUUGUCAUCAGAAAACAAGUCGCCAGUUAUUGUAAUGGAAUUCAUAAAAGGGAAGACUGCAAGCAUAUUCGAGACUUUCACAGAACCGCAGCUACUGAAUAUGGCUCAAGAUUUGGCCGUGCUGCACGAUGAGGUCGGUCAACGAGCCGAUAAAACGUGGGAAGAAGGGUUCGACACGCGUUUUCGUUUCCAUCCAGAAGCCGCGAAAAUGUUGACAAAUGGAUUGGAAUUCUUUAAAGCCGACGUUCCGGGUACGUACUCGUCAAAGUAUUAACGUAACAAAAUUUGGCUAGUUUUGCAGCUUACUGAGAACGAAACUUUGUACAAAUAUAAUAAGAUGAUUUUUCUGCCGUUUUUUCCAAGCAAAACUGUCAAAGAUGUAAAAAAAAAUUUUUUUUUCUGUGAGCACCCUCCGCGUUUUUCGAGAUGAAAAAACGCCGAGGAUCGCAAUUGGACCACUUUUCUUGUAAGCCUAUUUCAGACAGCGCAAGUUACAUCGACACUCUAAAAAAGAUCGAUUUGCAUUGGUUUAUAAGGUACUCCAUGAAAACUUUGCCUGAGAAGUUCAAUGCGCAGACUUUAGCCCAUGGCGAUGCAUGGAGCAAUAACGUGAUCUUUGAAGAAACGUCUGAUGGGAGUACUGGUGAUAAGGUCGCCGCUUACAUUGAUUGGCAAAUGUCUUUCUGGGGUACGUGCCUUUCCUGGAGAAUCUGUGGAUACUGUAACAAAACCGAAUACUUUUAUAGAUCACCUGUGGAGUUUCUGCACUACGUUCUCCCAAGUUAAUUAUUUUCAGGAAGUCAAUUGCAAGAUCUAUGUCAAUUCCUUGUUAUCUGCACUGACGCUGAAAUCCGCGAGGUUGUUUGGGAGAAGGUCUUACUUGAGUAUUAUCAAAAACUCGCUGAUCUUCAUGCCCGCAGGAAUAUAAACGUGCCCUUUACAUUUGAUGAGGUAGGCUAGUAACAUGCAAGGAUGCCAAAUAUGUCAAGUCGCAUAAUAAAUUUUUUUCUUGUUGUGAUUUUUUUACAGUAGGCGAAGAAACUUUUUGAGUCAACCCGUGAAAAUCACGAUUCUACAAUGUCUGAUAUGGUCCGUUCGGAAAGUCGCCAGACUGAUUUCGGCAACAUGCACUGCACGAAAAUAAAACUUCACUUUACACUCUGCAUUUUCUUACUUCUUGCGCUUCAGCGACUCUCCGGACGGACUAGUACUUUAAUGCAGCAGUUUUUUUUAAAAAAAAUCAAGUUUUUUGCUGUGAAAGACUAUUGAAUGAUUAUGUAUCGAUAAUUUUGUCGUUUAGGCGAAGGAAAUGUUCCAAGUGCUUCAAGUCUUCUUCGGAAUAAACAUUGCUCUUUAUUACCAACUCAACACGGCCGUGUAUAACGCAGAAAACACCGAGGAAGGGAGAAGGAAUAAAACGAAGCUGAAGAAAAGAGCGCUCGAAGCAAUAAAGAACGCCACGAGACUGGUGGAAACUCUUGGUCUUGAUGAUGUUAGCGAUAAUGCUGAAGCAGAAGUUGGAAAGUGA